AUGACCACCCCACUCCCCCUCGAACUUCUCCAGGACAUCUUCGAGCUCGCAGCAUGCUCAGACGUCUCUGCCGCCUCUCGUCUAUCCACCGUCUGCCGCACUUCUCACAGAUGGACUGAGCCACUGCUCUUCCACACUGUCAUCCUUGAGACCCCCCGAGCACUCAAAGCGUUCCUGAACGCCAUCUCUAACAAACCAGCAGGCUUCGUUUCUACACGCGUCAAACACCUCGGCAUCUUCACCCCUGGCCCGAGCAAAGCGAUAGCCCGGGUGCUCCAAUUAUGUGCGGGCGUCACCAGCCUCGCCUGUGGCGUCCCUCUUCCACCCAACAUCCAGCUACCCGCGAACGCUCUUGUGUCUCGUGAACAACAUCUCCUCGGUCUGUCCUGUAGACAGGACUGGGACGCGUCUGCCCUCGACCCUUCUGUCACCCACCUGCGCGUUCAUUUGACCAGGUCUGACUGGACUCCAGAACGCCUCGCCCAGCUUCGUUGUUUGUCCUCCCUCACACACAUGGCCGUCAUCUGUCGACAGUCCCCCAACGCUCUCGACGACGUUCUUCCCAUUCUUCAAGACAUCCUGGAACACAUUCCAUCCCUCGACAUUCUCCUCGUUCAGGUCACGGGUCGUCCAAAGCGCGGCACCAAGAGCCUAGUGGAAGAAUUGAAUACCUUGGCGUCCAACAAAGAGCCGCGGCUCGUCGCUGAGACUGCCCCGUUUAGCGUCGUGCGGCAGUGGGAGGAUGCAUCGAGAGGAACGGGAGGUAUAUGGGCUGAUGCCGAAGUGCAGGUUGCCAAGCGGAGAUCACAGGCGUCGCUAUCCCUUCACCCUAGUUCUGCAUGAACAUGUGUAACUGCACGUAUGUACUCGCCCUAUUUCAGCUUU